AUGUUGAAGAGGAUUCGUCACUCACUAAGGUGUUUUCCAAGACGCCGAUGCGAUUGUCACGACUACAGUCAACCUUCAGGAGCCCGGCCUAACCGUCCAGUGGAAAAGGCACCAAGACGCGCCCUGCGUCAACCACUUCCUAAGAAUGUGAUCAAAGGCGCGGGUCCAGCUAACCAGCCCCGAGGCAGUGAAGAUGAGGAUAGUAGCGAUGACUAUUACCCCCAAGCUACCCCCGCCAGCGAGUCUCACACAGGGAUAACACCCGAAAUGAGUAUGACAAAACUUGACGAUGAGUCUUCGUCUGACGAUAACCCAUAUCCCCUCUCAACCAGCAGUUUCCAUACAGACAGUCUACACGAGGUAAGCCAUACCGAUUCCAAUAACGCGGUUGCAUCAGGUGGUGACUCUUACUCCGCCGCAGCAAGAAAUCCACACACAGACAUUACUUCUGAUAUGAAGGAUGCUAGCCUCAUUGGGUCCCGAUACGAAUCAUUCCCCGAUCCAGGAGAAAGCUCUAUUUUCGUGAGUGCGUCUGGUCCAGGUGAAUACAAUGCCGACGAAGAGGUCUAUAACGGAGCUGACGACGACAGUCUCGAUCUGAACCUUGAAGACGUGGAAAUGCACGGUGUCUCGGUAGAACCCGAAGAACCCCAAUAUUCCAGCGGAUCAGGGUCGAGCAAUUCAAGCGACAGGAGACGUCGGCGAUCUCUGGAUAGCCAAGCACGAGCCGAUGCCGAACACAGGGGCCUUCAUGGAUCUAGGGGCAGCAGCAGCAGCAGCAGCAAACGCCGGCGUCUUGCUGGCUCAUCCGACACCGCAGGUGGGCGAGUGAGAACUGGGACCGAGCCGACUGUGAAGGACGUCACCAGGUACAGAAAUAAAGGGGCACAAUACCAAGCAUGGAUUGACGACCCCGAAGAGCCGGGGUGUCGAAUCCAACCGGCAAUGUUGACUAUAGAAGAGAUGACCGACAGAGCACAGCCAAUGCCUUGGACAAUCGAUGAAUCGUACUACGCAGUCGAGCCCGUGGCGCUAGAAGGUGGUGAUGUGGAAUCGAUGAAUAUUGCUCGCGGCGGUCCGCGAUACCGCUAUACAUAUCUCCGAAGGGAGCCGGGACCAAAUACGCCUGAGGUUAACGAAUAUGAACAUCGAGUUGCUCGUGGUGUUCUUGUUGCUGAGAGGAUCUACAGGGAAGAUGGUCCUCAUUGGAAUGAGGUUGCUCGGGCUCAAUACUUGCUUGAUUUCAACUUGAAAACGUUGAGGCAUGUUAUCUUUACCGAUAUCGGGAAUGAAGAGACAGGUCCAUAUAUACGUCACGAACUCUACCCCAGAUUUGGUGUUAGAUGGUCACAGGCAGAAGAGGUUGGCUGUAUGGUAUUCAGACAUGGUAGUGCUGAGUAUCAAGAACUACUCGGUACAAAGUUGGGUAAAGCAGUGGCUUGUCUUGUUCUUUCUUCGUUCCCUAGGGGCACGAUGCAGAUCACUCGUAUCGUCACUUGGUGUGAUUCAACUGCGCCGCAGAUGCGAUUUGAGAUUGAACCUGUUAUUGCUGCGCCUAUUGCUCUGGCUACAGCUGCAUGA